AUGGGUAAUUAUGUUUCUUAUCAACAUAUUUCUUCACCAUAUCAAGCAUAUAUAGCCAACAUCUCCACUGAUGUGGAACCAUCCACAUAUGAAGAAGCUAUAACAGACUCUAAAUGGGUUCAUGCUAUGACUCAAGAGCUGCAGGCUUUGAAGGAUAAUGGGACUUGGAAAGUUGUUCCCUUGCCUCAUAAUCAGCCAGUUAUUGGGUGUAAAUGGGUUUUUAAAAUCAAGUACAGGUCUGAUGGUACUGUAGAAAGGUAUAAAGCAAGGCUUGUAGCUAAGGGGUACAAUCAAACUGCUGGAAUUGAUUAUCAAGAGACCUUUUCACCAGUUGUGAAAAUGGUGACAGUAAGAACCGUUGUUGCAUUAGCUGCUGCUGAGAAUUGGCCAUUGUUUUAA